AUGCCCUCAUUCAGGGGAUUGACUGAUGGUGACAAGGCUCAAGUAGACAGUCUAAAGCUGUAUGGGGUGAGAAGUUGCAACAUAAUGGGGCUUUUGAUGGGUCAGAAAGGUGAAGAAAAUCUUGAAAACUUGUUUUGGUGCGAUGGAACAAGUCGCCUUGAUUACCAAGCGUUUGGAGAUGUCAUUGUUUUUGACAGCACCUACAAGAAGAACAAGUACAACAAACCGGUUGUUAUCUUUUCUGGCUACAAUCAUCACAAGGAGACUACAAUUUUUGCAUGUGCCUUGGUUUGUGAUGAGACCAUUGAGACUUACAAAUGGGUCCUGAAAGCCUUGGAUGAAGCUAUGUUUGGAAAGCAACCCAAAGCUGUUGUGACUGAUGGAGACAAAUCUAUGCGUGAAGCAGUGAAGGUUGUGUUUCCUAAUGCUACUCAUAGGCUUUGUGGAUGGCAUAUUCAGCAAAACUGUCUUGAGAAAAUUAAGAUUCCAGAUUUCUUGAAUGAAUUUAAGACUUUGAUUUAUGGGAAUUUCACUCCAGAACGUUUUGAAACUAAAUGGUUGCAAGUGAUUGAAAAGUAUGGUAUUGGUGAGGAAAAAUGGAUUAAACAGACGUAUGAAACUAGGUAG